AUGACGGAUGCGCAGCAGCAAGAGUGGCCAGAUCGUCGACUCGAGGUUCUGAUUCCAAGUUACAUACUCUCUUCACUAAGUACCUUUACUCUUUCUUGGAGAAUCGUGUACGGUACCAGAACUAAGCGGAAGCUUUUGAUAUGCGACUAUCUUCUGCUCAUCGCUGCCUCCAUGGACCUAACUGCGGCGUACUUUCGCUGGAAGAUAGUCCAAUACGGCCAAGGACGCCACAUGAAAGAUCCCAGUAUAACGCCAGGGGACUUCCUGAACUACAGCUACUUUCUCUGGAUUAUUCAGAUCAUCAAUCUUGUCGGCGUCGCAAUCCUCAAAUUCUCCAUUUGUGCUUACCUGCUUGCCCUCAGAUUCUCGAGAGUAUACUUGGGGUUCGUGUGGGCGAGUAUCAUAAUGGUAUUUACAUUCAAUCUACUCAUUCCGAUAAUGAGUGUAUUCUGUUACACGCCGUUUGAGGCGAAUUGGAACAAGGCGAUGCCAGGGAAGUGUUUCCUUUCGACAGGGGCUACGGGGCUAGCAUAUACACAGUCGGCUUCGAACAUCAUAACAGACAUCGUGUAUGUGGUUGCACCUAUACUCUAUCUCUCUACGAUACAGCUGCCUCGACGGACGCAGUGGGGCUUGCGGGUGGUCUUCUGUUUGGGUUUAGUGGUGACGACCUGCUCAAUCGUAAAGGCUUCCACACUUCCCGCCCUCCUCAGCACUAGAGAUCCAUCAUGGGAAAGCACAGAUCUGGUGAUCUGGUCUGGAGUCGAACUCUCCGUAGGGAUUUUCAUUGCCGCCCUACCGCCACUACGAAAACAGUUCGACUCGCUGUUUCGGCGUAUCAUGCCCUCCACUUUCCUCAACAGCAAACCUAGAACACGCGCGGCUAGCGGCGUGAUACCGCUUUACGAUGUCACCAUAGGUAGUAAAACAAAUCGUCGGAAAACUCGCAAAGGAGAUGCAGAAGACGACGGAGAUAGUGAGCGCCGGAUAUUGGGAGAGCACGGCAAGGGCGAGAUCACAAAGACAGUGGUUCAUGAGGUGAAAAGUGAGGACAGAGAUACUAUACAGGAACCGGAUCGAAUAUUUGACUACAAAUGA